AUGUCCUCUGUGCCGCCUUCUUCUAACAGUGCAAGAAUACGUUGGUUCUGUAUAAGUGAACGUCUUCGUCGAGAACUUUAUCCAAACUCUAAAGAGAGUGUUAUACUAAAAGAAGUUGAAAUCACAAAUCCCCAAAACGUCGAGGAACAAUCUAGACCUAAAAAAAUAAAACCUAAUAAACAAACUGACAUAAAUAUGUCUCCAAAAUUAACUGCUAAUAAGGAAGAAAACUUUACCAUGAAUAAUAAAUCAACAAGAGGAGAUUCAGACAGUGAUGUUAACGCUGGGCAAGAUGAAUUGAUAUUAGAAGAGGACGAGUUCAUGGAUCCAGAAGCUUCACUUAUUCCUAAAGAAGAGCCUCAAAUACCAAACUUAUUCGAGGCUAGCGAGGAAAUAGAAAACGUUGAAAUAAAACCAGAAAAUGAAGAGAAUGAAGAAAAUGAAGUAGUAGAGGAUAAUAUUGAAGAUAUUGCCCAACUUUCGGACGUUUCUUCGCCGAAAAUUAAAGAAGAACCAGAAAUACCAAAGAGUGAAGAUGAUGCUGUUCCCGGUGAUGAAGAAGAAGGAAUAGGUUCUGUCAUUCCCCGUCGACAGCUUGCACCACGUCGAGCAAGGAUGAACACUAUAUAUAAUAAACCUAAAGUGACUCAACCAAAAAAGCCACAAACACGGAAUACGAGAAUACAUAGAGAAUUCAAAGGUAGGGAUGUCGUUUUCGUUGAUCCUUUAGAUCCUAAAGCUGAAUUUUGGUGGCCCGCAAUGAUUGUUCCAAAUGACGAAAUUGAUGAGUCAAUGGACGUUGAUGGUAAACUUGAAAAAAAUUUACUUGAAGGAAAAUUCCUUGUUAGAUAUUUUGAAGAUAUGACAUAUUCUGUGGUUGAGGCAAAAGGUUUAAGGCAUUUUGAAAUAAACGAUAAUCCAUGCAAACAAUUUGUAAAUGUAGAAGGAUUUAAUACACAUAUUGGAGUUCGAAGAGCUUUAAAAUGCAUUAAAAAUAAUGGAGAGCCAAUAAAAAAAUUUAAAUGGGAUUAUUGGAUGAGGCCGGCCAAUAGUUCCGAAACCAUUUCACCAUCAUCUUCAUCUUCAAGAAAGAACGAAACCCUCAUAAGAAAAUUAAAACACAAUACCUUCUCAAAGAAAGCCAAUCCUUUAACUACUAACGUCGCGGAAAGUAAUUUAGACGGAAGUACAUUUAGAAGUCGUAAUCAAAAAAAUAACAAAUCACGUUAUGAUGACUCUCCUGCUGAAGAUGAAGAAGUAGAUAAUGAAGUAAUUAAACGAAAAGCAUCUUUAAGUAGUAGGAGAAAUUCUAGAAGUGUUGCUUCACGUAAAAAUUCUAUCUUAAUAAAUACUGAAGAAGAAGAAAAUCAUCACGCCACAAAAAGAGUAAUGAAACGUCGUCGUAGUAAUGUGAGUGAUAGGUCAGAUGACAAAAGACGUCACAGUGAAGAAAGACGUCGUAGUUUUGUUAGUGAUAAUUCUGAAAAAUUAUCGGAAAAUAUAUCCGAAAAUAUGUCCGAAAAAUUAUUAUCAGAAAAUUUAUCAGAAAAUUUAACAGAAAAUUUAUUAGAAAAAAGGACGACAAACUCUGUAACAGGCUCUAUAGACCCAGAAGAUUCUGGCAUUGGUGUAGGAGCGUCACCUGUUUCUCCACAAAAUAUGUCCGAAAUUGAUGAUGAACAAUUGGAAACUGAAGUAGGAUCAUCAUCUCAUGUAGACACUCCGAAAGAACAUUCUGAAGAACCGGUAGAGGCAGAACCUGCUUCUUCAAAAUUUCCGGUUACGUUCAAUGAUUUAAAUGAAGAAGCUCGCGAUAAAAUUACUAAAUACAACUUUGAUUAUCCUAAUCUAGAUAAAGAGUCUAAAGCGAAUUUAUAUGACGAAGGUUUAAACGACCUAAAAAAUAUAUGGAAAGAUUAUCGAGAGAUUAGAAGAAACAUGAAAAAAAUCGAAAGUGAAUUAAAAUUAAAAAAGUUGGCGAAAUUAAGAGGUACAAGUGUUUCACAAAUUAGAGAUGAAAAUGUAGAAAUUACCAAUGAAUGUGGGGACAGCGAAGUUGAAGAGUAUAGUGAUUACGAAAAUCACAUGGAAAACGGACAUUAA